AUGCGGUCGAGUCGCCUCCCGGUCGCUGUUGCGUCCAUUCUCCUGGGCGGUAUUUCAGGCGAUGCUGGACUUCCAGUACCGUCUCCUGGUUGCAAGAGUACACCUGCCGACGUUGGCUGGCCUUCACCCAACGACUGGGCCAAUUUCAAUCUAUCCGUGAAUGGCCGACUGAUUGCCACAUCUCCCAUUGCGUUGCCUUGCUACCAGGGGCCGAAUUACAACCCGGCGGCAUGUGCUGCCCUGAUUCCAAGCUGGAACGAUCCCACAUUUCGAGCCCAGUUCCCUAUAGGCUAUUCGUUCUCUGAUCUUGAGCCAUGCGACAUCAUCACCAGCGCCUUCAACACGACUGCAUGUUCUCUCGGAAACAACCCUGUCCUUGCUGUUGACGCUGCUACCGCAGACCACGUCUCUGCUGCUGUACUCUUCGCAGCCCAGAAGAACUUGCGCUUGUCUAUCAAGGCGACAGGCGUGGACUACCUGUCCCGUUCGACUGGGUUUGGGAGCCUGGAGAUUUGGCUGCGGAAUAUGCGUGAGGGAGGCAUGGUCUUGGAAAUACCGUACCAGCCCCAGCAGCCUUGCAUACUCCCAUCCGGACAGCCACUUUGGGCCGGUGACUCCAUCACUAUCAACGGCAGCUACACGUGGUCCGACGUAUACAGUUUUGCGCAGUCCAAUGGCCAAAUUGCUGUCGGUCCUGCGUAUGGCGGCAUCUCAGCCAUCGGAGGCUAUCUCCAGGGAGGCGGUCACUCCGCUGCAUCUGCUCAGUACGGGCUUGCUGCCGACCAGCUGCUAGAGGCUACGGUCGUGCUGGCGAACGGAGCACAGGUCACUACCAGCGCCUGCCAGAAUCCAGACCUUUUCGCCGCAAUUCGUGGCGGCGGCGGUGGCACAUUUGGCAUCGUGACCAGCGUCAAAGUCAAGUCGUAUCCGGAGACCCCCGUGGCUGCAGUGGUCUUUAGCAUGGCGGCCUUGACCGGAAACGAUAUUCCUCUGUUUCUCGACUCGAUCACAUACCUGUACCAAUAUUUCCCCUGGAUCAUCGAGGCUGGUCUGGGUGGUUAUGCAGGCUGGAACCUGUAUGACACGCAGCCCAUGUUCGGUCCAGCAGGCCCAUCCUUCUAUCUUGUAAUGGGGGCAUUCAACCAGACACUUGCGCAAGUGCACGCGACUUUCGAUCCCAUCGUGGCUGGCCUCACGCCACUGAACGGCGUGAACCUCAACCUGUCGGUUUCUUACAACUACUUCCCGACCUAUGCUGGCUACUUCAGCUCUCUCUUUGGGACGAACAUUCCUGCAUCGGCCGGCGGGAUCGCUCUGACCUCACGGUUCCUGGGCGCGGCUCACGUCAGCGAUCCGGUCCCGGUACGCCAGAUGCUCAACACUACUGCCGGCCUGCCCGGUCAGAGGACGUCGAGGCUGGCCGUACUUGCCGGCGGCUUGGGCGUGCGCGCGGGAGCAAGCCAGAGCUCAGGCGUCAAUCCGGCAUGGCGAAACGCAUAUGUGCUCGACAUCGUGGCACGCCGGUGGGAGCACACCGCCACAGCGGCCGAUGUGGAGGCCAUCCACAGCGAUGUCACUGCCGUAAAGGGUGCUGCCCUGACGGCUCUGGCCCCUGACACCGGAUCGUAUCCCAACGAAGGCGAUGCGCGUGACCCUACGUUUCUGGCGAACUUUUACGGUACUGCGCUCCCAAUGCUGGAAGCGGCGAAGGCUAAAUAUGACCCUAGUGGGCUAUUUUACUGUCCUACUUGUGUUGGCUCGGAGUUCUGGAGCGAAGAUGCAACUGGUCGGCUCUGCCACGUGUGA